UUGUCGACCUCCUUACAAGUAUUAAAAGACAAGUUCCUUUCGCUUCCCUUCUUUGCAUCAAUUUGCAAUAUUUUGGACAGCCAACAUGUCUAACAAGAUCUUUAAGCUUCACCUUCUCAACCUCAACUAUUCCUCCUGGUCUCUGCGUGCGAGGAUCGCUGUCGAACAUUGCAACAUUCCAUGUGAAAUCAUUACAUAUUACAAAGAAGACCCUCAAUCCUAUGCAACCUACAAAGCUCUAUCUCCUACCGGAUUAUUACCACUCCUUGAGAUCAACUCUGAAUCGGGUAGCCUCCUCAUAGGUGAAAGUCUUGCCAUCCUCGAGACCUUUGCAGAAAGCACACCAUCCAUGUGGCCAACUGAUCCUCUCGACAGAGCGCAUGCUCGAUUUGUCGCAGCUGAAAUGCAUGGUGGGUUUCUUGCGUUGAGGAAGGCAAUGAGCAUGGAUUGGGGCCGGAGGAUAGCACCCGGGAAGAUCACGUGGUCGCCAGAUGUGCAAAGCGAAAUUCAGCGGAUAUUUGAUGUGUGGAGAGCAUGUAGAGACCGUACAGUCAGUGGCGCAGGAGCAGGAGCCGACGAGGGAUAUCUGUAUGGGUCUUUUACGAUUGCAGAUGCAAUGUAUGUUCCCGUAGUUUUGAGGUUUCAGACUUAUGGCGUCGAACCGAGGGAUGCGGUUAUUGCAGACUACAUGCAGACCGUGCUAAACACACCAGCAAUGAGGAAGUUGGCUGCCUUGGCGGAAGAGGAGCGUAAGAGUCAUGUAUUUCCGUGGCCAGAGUAUAAUCUCUACUCUGACGUAUAGGACAAUGUUUCCUGAAAUAAUAAGAGUACACUAAAAUAAGAUGGACCUCACGAACCUUUUGCUACCUUGCU